AUGCCUCCUUCUGAGCACAGUCUCUUCCAAUUCCUCGCCAAAGCCCUCCAAACCCACCACCGCUUCCUCGCCGGCCGACUCUCGCGCGCCGAAAGCCCUAUCUACGUCAUCGGCAACCCCUCCGCCGACCUCGAUUCCAUCAUCUCCGCCAUUGUCUAUGCCUCCUUUGCCCAUCCCCGGCCUCACGUCCCUCUAAUCAACCUAGCUACUGUCCCGACAGGCCCUGAACUGCGCCGUCUGCGUCCCGAAUUCAUCAAAUCCCUCUGGCUCUCCACGCACCCCCCAGUCCCAGACGAAGAAACAUGGUCCGACACGCCCGAGUCCGCCGGUCCCCUUCUCCAAGAACACAUCCUCACCGUCUCCGACUUUGCAACUCACCUCCAAGACUACAACCACAAUGAUAAUCAAUUAACCGCCGACGCCGUCCUCGUCGACUGGAACGCCCUCCCCAUCCGCUCCCCCAACCAACUCCGAGGCCAAGGCUCCCUCCCCGCCCUCCCCAACCUCACCUUCACCGUCCUCGGCUGCAUCGACCACCACGUCGACGAACACUUCCUGGCCCCAAUCACCGACCCAGACCAGCCCUUCCUCCUCCAACCCGCCGGAUCAUGCACCUCGCUCGUAGUCAACAUGCUGGAUAAAAUGGACCGCUGGCGGCGCACUUCCUCCACCACCUCCAGCCCUUCGGAGUUAUCGUCAGAACUCCAACUAGCCAAGCUAGCCAUGAGCGCUAUUCUCAUCGAUACGGCGAACUUCACUGCCAAGGAGAAAGUCACGGACUCGGAUACGCUUGCGUAUAGUUUUCUGAGAUCGAAGAUUAAUGCGAUUUCGAAUCGAGAUGGAGAUGGGGCUGGGAAGCCAUGGGAUCAUAAUAAGUUCUACGAGGAAGUGGUGGCUGCGAAGCAGGGGAGUUUGGAUUUGUUGACUGUUCCGGAGGUGUUGGAGAGGGAUUAUAAGGAGUGGAGCGAGAAACCCUCAUCAUCUUCUUUUUCUCAGGAGGUGAAAAUUGGGAUCUGUUCGAUGGUGCGGUCAUUGCCGUGGUUGGAGCGAAAAGCGGGCGGGGCGGAUAAGCUCCUCGACGCUGUGGUGGAAUAUGCGACGAGGGAGGAAUUGGAUGUGGUGAUGGUCAUGACGGCGUUUAGUGGUGCGGAGGGGAAUUUUUGUCGGGAGUUGUUGGUGUGUGCGCGUGAAGAGGGUGUGCGUGGAGUGGAAGUAUUUGAGGAGCAGGCGGGAGUGCAGUUGGGGUUGGAGAAGUGGACGGUGUUGGAUGGAGAUGAGGAGAGUAAGAGUAGUGAGUUGGGAGAUGUAAAGUGGGAGAAAGAUGAUGACCAGCCGUGGAGGAAAUGGAUCUGGGUGCAGGAGGAUGUCACGAAGAGUCGAAAACAGGUGGCCCCCUUGAUUAGGGAGGCUGUGAAGUCUUUGUAA